AUGGAGACGGUAAUACUCGACCAGACGCCGCUCGCCGAUUAUCUCAAGGGUUUGUUGGACAUCUCUACUCUCCCCGGACCUCUUAUAGGCCCCAGCCACUUACUAACACGCGCUAUGGCAGAUGAGGGCGAUGAACAGCCGAGGGAAUGGGCUCUCGCGGAGCCAGACGCGAUCAUCGACACGCCUCCUCCCAGCCCUCCGAGUCCGUCCUUUGCCCCGGUAGGGCGGCCGAUGGUGAAGUCACGGUUCAGGAAUAAGAUUCCGAACUCGCUGCGACUAGACAUACCGCAUAAGAAGAGGCUCAGUUCCCUCCAGAACUUGCAGGAUGGAGCGAAAGCAGUUGCUACGAAGCUCGACCGUGCAGACAACUCCAAGUUUCUCGAGCAGUUCCGAUAUACCAUCGUUGCAUCCCAACUACUCAGCGGGGACUCUGUCUUGGGGCAGCAUCGCCUCCUGGCUCAGAGCAACGGCAAUACUUCAGUUGCAGAUCACGAGCCCAGUAUACCAACGGAGGCUGGCCUUCUUCUAACUGCUGCCGGGGCUCUAAUCCUCGCCUGGGUCAUCAGCUGGCUAUGUGGCGGUGGAUACUCGCACUUGACUAAGAAAAGAGUUGUAUUUUUCGUUGGGUUGGUGGUGGUUGUUGCCGUUCUUUCACAUACCUAUGUUCGGCAACAAUGGCUCCGAUACGUACGGGAGCAGGCUGUGGCAGAGAUGUCGUCUUUCGUUACCAAGUCACAGGAUUUCGAUAGUGCGGCGAGUGCGGCUGUUGCACUCAUACAAGAAGUUGAGCUUGUCUCGAGGGGAUAUCGCAUCAGCGUGCCCUUACCGCCAAUAAGCCGGAUCGAUGAUCGAAAUCAGGGUCGUCGGUGUGUUCGGCUGCGGAAAGCCCUCAAGACUUCUUUCAAGGACAUGCUUUUGAAGUAUGAGCAGACCUUUGAUGUUGUCAAGGGGUUUUCGGAGCAACUCGAUCUCGAGAAAUAUCAUGACAUCUACGACAUCAGCGAUCUUGACAUCUCAGAUGCUCUGCAAGGAUUUAAGGAGAGCGAGUUUGAGGACACUGAGUCGCUCCGAACACUAAAGAUCGUGGCAGCUCGUUUUCACACGAUGCGCAAGAUGUUUCUUUGCGCAUUACUUGCCCUCGAGGCACACGGUGACAACUCUGAUUUCCUGCGCUGGACUACUGCGGUGGAAGGUCUUCGAGUACUUAAUGAGGCUACCAGUGAAUCAUACGAGAGACUUAGGACCAUCUUGAGCGAAGAGGAGUCAUUCCCUGCAACUUCAUCACUCAAGACGCCGCUCUCGCCAGGACGUGAACGAUGGCGAUCUCAACUCCGCAAAUUGAACUCGCUCACCACUGGUAUCCGUGGCCUGCAGGCGAAAAUGAGCCUUUUGCGAGAGGAGUCUGAUAGGGCUCUGAACGAAGCGGACGAUGUUUCCGAGCUCGGACCAAGCCUCAUGGCUCAAUAUGAGUCCAUAGGACAAGACAUCAAGAUGCUGCAAGGGGCUUGGGAAGAAGGCAAGGCGGCAUUGGCGUCAGGAAUCAACAGGAACGAGAAGCGACUCUCAUCCCUAAGCGCCAUGCUCUCGCCUGCGUCCACCCUCAGCGGAAUCACGACCGUGGAAGAAGGUGGAGUCGUCGAUGCGUUAAAGAUUCUGAACGGGGAGUCUCCCUCGCACAAGUAUUCCACCGGUACUCCAAGCGAGCCCGACACUGAGGAAGUGUUCGAGGCCGUCGCCAUGCCGCGGCCACGCAAUCUUUUCUCCAGAGAGGAGAGGAUUGCGAAGAUGAAGGAGGACCGCGAGAGGAAAGCAGAGAUGAAGGAGAAGGCAGAAGCAAGCCGUGGUAUGCUUCGGGAGCUCGAAAUGGUCAUCAAUCUGCGCCCGACCAAGGGCCGGCCAACGACGAUGCCACCGCCGAGCCGCAUUUCGUUAUAA